CCAAUUUCAAUUUCCACAUUUAUUUAUUAUUCAUCUUCGCGUUUUGAAGUUGGAUGGAAGAGCGAAAUGUUUUUGUGUAAAAAAAAUUAAAACAUGCGGUAAUAACGAUUAUGUGACUUUUGUGCGGAAAUUGAUAAACAAGUUGGUGAGCUGCUGGAAAUUUUUAUACAGCUUUAAAAAGUACCAAUCUAGUUCUUAGAAUUAAUUUAAGAAUAUCCUCGUACAGAUUUUAUAGAAGAAGAUGGUCCGAUAUUUUGUAAAUUUAUUCCUAUUCCGGCUGGUAUUUCCUAUCAUAAUCACAAUAUGUGUGCUAUUUCGACCGUCGCUCUUCUCCUUCAUAUACUUACUAUUUAUGUUAAUUAUACCGUUCAUACCUGUGCCAACUUCCGAAACUAUGAUAGGUACCACAGGGGACUUUCUCAAAGCGGUUUUUUGCAUCACCACCGUUUUGACAGUCAUCCAAGCCUCCUUCCAAAUAGCUUUAGUCUCUAUGGUACCAUACGCUGAACUUUUCGUGCACCAUCCAGUAGUAGAAAUCAUCUUCCGUUACGUAGGAAUAGUCCGGUUGGACAACAUGACGCCGACCUACAUUUUGGUAUGGCUCGGUCCGGAAAUAAUCAUGUUCGUAGCUUCUUUGGCGUUUUUGAUCACAUUCAAAAAACUGAACGCUUUGGAGGGUAACAUUCUACAAAGCGAAGCUGGAACCAUACAAAUCGAAGAAAGGGACGAAUUGGGAUCGCAUGCUGAUUUAGCUACCAAAGCUCCUACAACUACUGAUUACACGCAGUACUUUGUGGCCGUCGGUCGAUAUGCUACAUUAAUAAUGUUAUGUCUCGCCGGCGUAGUGAGGCCAUCUGUAGAGGCUGGCGUGUACUACGUACUGUUUUUGGGCAUCGCCACCUGGUGGGCGUGCUACAAACAACUGAAAAGGGGAUUCGCAACGGUCCUCAGGUGCCUUAUACCCGUGGUGAUAUUGCAUUUGUGCGCCCUGUAUAUCAUUAAUUUUAAGAUCGUCCAGGAGUAUUUGCCAGAAGAGGGGACUUAUGCCAGAUAUUUUGAUUUGCUACCGUUUGCAACCAACGUAAGAGAUCCGAACGAUUUACACCAGACCAGCAAUCUGACAGUGGUAGACACUAAUCCGACCGGAUUCACAUAUACAGACGAAUCCGGUAAUGCGACCGUACCCGAAAACGGUACCGACAUAAUAGCGAAUUUCACGCAUCACGUUGCCGCGUCGCAAACGAUGGAUUUGGACACAAGAUUUUGGCUGUAUUAUUUCCACAGAGAACUGACUUUUUAUAUUUACCCCGUAGUACUGUAUUUAUUAUUUUUCUUGUUGGUGCUAGAAAGUAAGGAACUAAUGAAACCGGAGAGUGCUAUAGAGAAAGAAAAAAAAGCCGAGACGAACGAAAGGACCCCCUUGCUUAGAGGAGUUAGUCCGAGGCGAAAAACGGCACACCCCAACAGAGCUUCGCUGAUUCAAGAUUCCACGGGCAGUGUUACAGUAAACGACAAUGAAGAUAUACCAAUGGAUGUCCUCGACGACGAUGAAGAGUAUGACAUUACGCUUUUUCAUAACUUCAUUUUUGCUCUGGAAGCCAUUAUUCAAAAGGUGGUACGAUCGUCGUAUAUCGCUACUAAUAUCAUCAUGAUGGCAUGGAGUAUAACAUAUCUAAGUUGGUUAACGUUCGUCCUCCUACUAUGGGCCAACAUAAUAUGGCUCAUACCGAAUCAAAGGAAACGAAUGCUGAGUUCCAGCCCGUUCCUGGUAUUAUAUGCCCUAUUCCUGCUAAUAUCCGCCUAUAUUUAUUCGAUGAACUUCAAUGAAGCCGAGCUGCCGACGCAAGCGCAAGGCGUCGAUUUGGAGGAAAUCGGAUUCAAGAAACCCGAAGGACCUGCUUGUAUUCCGCUGCUAGUCAAAUCCUUAUAUACGGUGAUGUUUUGGAUUACGUUGAGGCAGUACAUGCAGGAAAAAAUGGAAAAGAGACAGACCAGUGCGCUAGCCGAUAUGGUGGCUCCGUUGCAAGUCACAGUAGGGGCUGCAGGUGUAAAGAAAGACCCGGAGAGUUCGGGUGGUGAGUUGAUGGCGAGAAUCGGAAAAUUCGUGCAUAAAUUCUUGAUCAAAUUUUGGAUAUGGGUGGUGGCCAUCACGCUGUUUGCCGUGGCCAUAACUGGACAACGAAUGACAGUAUUUAGAAUUUUGUAUAUGGCUCUGUUUUUAUUUUUCAUUUUAUCAUUCCAGUUUUCUUUCAAAGCCUGGCGGAAGGUUAUGUUCGGUUUUUGGUUAACUGUAAUCAUCUACUCAAUGAUCAUAUUGAUCUUAAUUUAUACAUAUCAAUUUAAAAGAUUCCCGUCUUACUGGGCGGAUUACCUACACAUACAAGAAGAACAGCAACAAGACAUAGGCUUAGAACAGUACCAAACCAAACAGCUGUUUGUAAGGCUAGUUACUCCUACGUUUUUUGUCAUAGUGACGGUAUUACAGUUACACUAUUUCCAUAACGAUUUCAUGGAAUUAACCGAUACCAAACGUCAGUCGCUCACGUCUGAUAACACCAAUAAAGUGAUAGAAAACGAAGACCUCGAUGACAGCUCCAUGCAAGGCGGAGCUUUAAUGGACCAAAGCGAAAUGUCAGCCCCUUCCAAAUAUUAUUCGGAAAUCUCUUACCACGAUCUAGAGGUUAUUCCUUCGGAAGUGUUCAAGAAAUGGAUAAAGAACGUGGUGACAGUUCUCUUAUACGCCAAACAUAUCGCUUAUCUAUUUUUGGAAAUUCACAUGCUGAAAAUCGUACUGUUCUUCGCUAUGUUGAUGUGCGUAUAUGACAAAUGCGCCCUCUACAUAUUCAUAGUUCUGUUACUGUCGAUCGCUUUUACGUGCGGUAGAAGUUGUCAAAUUUUUGUGGCAUAUUUUACAUCUUUAUUUGUAUCUGCGUUAAUAUUGGGCCGUAUGAUCUACCAGAUAUCAUACAUCAACGAGAAAAAAUGGGAAGUCACAUGCAUGGUCACCGUGAAUCCAAAUAAAAAUGAAACUAUGGUGAACAACGGGCCGUGGCUCGGUUUUAAGAAACUCGAACAGACCAACGAAAAUUUACCGGAAUUGGUCAAGUGGAAUAUAAUAUUUAUAGUCGUGAUGACUCUGUGGAAGGUCGUUGAAGUGAGACAAUUCAAUUAUCGACUCUCGAGAGGGCGCUCCACUAGCCGCAGAUUCUUCAUGUUUCCCAAGACGACCAGAGAGGAUGCAGAUAAAAGUUUAGGAGAUUUUUUCAAAUAUUUAGCCAAUUAUGGAUUCUAUAAAUUUGGAUUGGAGGUUAGCUUCAUACUUAUGGUGAUGCUGAUUGGUGUAAGAAUGGACAUGUAUUCUUUGAUUCACAGUUUGUGCCUUUUGAUAAUGUUUGGUUUGAAAAGACGAUUUUUAUCAAACGUAUGGGUCGUCUAUUUGGCAUUUAUAGCAAUUUCGAUCCCUUUUCAAUAUUUCAUGGCUGUAGGUUUACCACCGAGCUUAUGUAUAGAAUUCCCGUGGGACGAACCAAUUCAAACGAUGAGAAAUUUACAAGAUUGGGCUUUCCUCCUGGACAACUAUACCCCGCCGAUAGUUCAAAAGCUUAUAUUCGAUUUUAUGCUACUGAUGGGCGUUUCGCGCCAAUGGCUCGUGUUUAGAAUCGAAAGACGUUACGAGGGACAAAAUUACGCCGGUGGGUCCAACGAGAGCAUAAUCCAUCAUGCCGAGGAGAAAGAUUUUGUGAAUCCCGUUCCUGAUUACAUCACAUAUGUCAGAACAUAUUUGGACAUAGCUAAGAAAGCGGUUCUGCAAAGUUUUCUAUGGAUAACAUUGGCUGUUGUGUUCUUGGCUGGUACUUCUCGCGUUAACAUCUUCUCAAUAGGCUACCUCCUGUUUGCCUUUCUGUUUUUGUGGCACGGAUCUGAUUUUUAUCUGAGACCUAUUCACAAAAUUCUAUUCCUCUGGAACAGACUUUUAGGCUUCAACGUUAUCGUCAUACUGUGCAAAUGCGCGUUCCAGAUUUUAGGUUGCAUAUUCCCGCACGAAAUGCCUGGGUCGUACUGUUGGUUAGUGCAAAUUUUCGGUAUAUCCUGCAUAAAGAACUACGCACCCAAAGAGGACCUGGUGGCUUUUCCUAAAGCAGAAGAAAACGGUUGUAUAAUUUCGGAUGAAUAUCUGACGUGGGACGUGAUCUGUUUCACGCUGUUGAUUUUCCAAAAAAGACUCUUUAACAGUUAUAAUUUCUUCCAUAUCGUGGACGAUGCUAAAGCUACAGCUAUAUUAGCCUCUAGAGGAGCCGAACUUAUGGAAGAAAUGCGAUUAAAGACAAUGAAAGAUCAAGAAGAGACGGAACGGAGAGUGUUGGAAAAGAUAAGAGAAAAAAUGGAGCGCAUAAAGGCUAACCAAAAAAAAAUACAAGCUAUCCGUUCCGGUGACUAUUACAUGUUUGAUGAAGUCGAAGAUGAUGACAUAGAUCUUUUACCCGAAGAAAAAGAAUCGUUCGACGAUUUCGAUGAAGGACCCAAACCUUAUCUCUUUGACUUCCUGCAUAGAGUUAUUAAAGAAGACGUCCAUUCCGCUCUACGUACGCAUUCCCAAACUAUGAUGGAUUCUCGCACGGGAUUACGUAGACAGGUUUCUAUGCCGGACAGAGAUAGACCUUCGCGACCUCAGCUGACGGCUACAGUCUCGGCUCCGCCUACAAUUGCAGAACAUGAACCUAAAAGCGUUAGAAUCCAAGAUGAACCCGAACCAAGCACAAGUCAAGCGCAUGAAGACGAAGAAUUUAGUACUCUAACAGUGACUCCGAAACCAAAAUUAUCGCAAAAAAUCGCCGCCUUGCUUAUGUUCGUAUGGACUUUCAUCGAUGGAGUUAUGGUCAGUUUGACACAGUUCUUGAAUAAAUAUUCUCGAAACUACAGAUUGAUCUUAAAGAUUUUGGCGAAGGAAAAGCGAAUUCUUAAGGAACAUACAAACUACAACUUAGGGGUCCGUAUGGGCAAAGACCAAAUAUGGCAACCCGCAGGGUCCUAUCACACUCUAGUCAGGCGUUCAAAGAAAUCGGACGACCAAGGACAAGCAAACGCCUAUUUAGAAUACGGCGAUGAAAUGUCAUCCGCAGAUCAACCGACAUUCUUCAGAAUGGUCCUAGCUACUUGGUAUCUGAUCAUGAGCCGAUCAGAAAUCGUCUGCUACUUCGUCAUCUUCCUCAACCAAAUGAGAAACGCCAAUCUCAUUUCUCUGCCGCUACCGCUCAUGGUGUUCUUUUGGGGUUCCUUGACUAUACCGCGACCGUCCAAAACGUUCUGGGUGACCAUAAUCGCUUACACGGAGGUCGUGGUGCUUUUGAAAUGUCUCUUUCAGUUCGACAUUAUGCCUGGAAACACAACUAGAGAUAAUACCGAGUUUAUAAGUUCAAUUUCUGAACAGAAUCCGUUUUAUCCGCCUGUUUUGAUCGGGUUGCACAAGCAGAAAAACGUGCAGGCCAUGUGGGAUCUUUUGUUGUUGUUAGUCGUUUUCUUCCACAGAGUUCUAUUGAAAUCAAUGGGCAUUUGGAGCUCCACAUCUCCAGUAACAGCGGUUCUUCUGGAAGACGGCCAGUACAAAGUUGUAGGAGAAAAAUUCGUUGCGGUAGAACCGCUUGAGUUGGACGACAACGAGCAGCCUUCUAGCUCUUCCAGAAGACGAAGAUCGAGCCUGGAUAGAAGUUUAACUAACACCAUCGGCGAUGACAUAAUCGUGAUCAAAACUAGAAGAUUGAGUAAACUCAACAACGCCAUCAUUGCAGUUCGCAUGGGUGUGUCAAAGUACGCUGAACAUCUGCGGUUAUUUAUCCAGCAACUCUUAGAUCCGACUUCUAGAGUGACAGCUGACGUUUAUUCAUUCAUGUUUUUGUGCGAUUUUAUUAACUUUUUCGUCAUUCUCUUCGGGUAUUCCGCCUUUGGGACUCAAACGGAUGGUGGCGUAUCAUCUUAUUUGGAGGACAACCGGGUGCCUGCUCUGUUUCUUUUUAUGUUGAUACUUCAAUUUAUGAUCAUAAUAAUAGAUAGAGGCAUUUAUUUAAGGAAGAAUAUAAUGGGAAAAAUAAUUUUCCAAUUUAUCCAAAUAGUCCUGCUUCACGUUUGGCUGUUCCUGCUGUUCCCGAUAAUAACUAGAAGGUCUUGCAACAGCCUGAUACCGCCCCAAAUCUACUACAUUUCGAAAUGUAGCUACCUUCUUCUAUCGGCCUUCCAAAUUAGGUGCGGUUACCCGACCAGAAUUUUAGGCAACUUCUUGUGCAAGGCCUACGGCUACGUGAACAUGUUCUUGUUCAAAGGAUUUAUGUUGGUUCCGUUCUUGUUCGAGCUGAGGACGUGCAUGGACUGGAUGUGGACCGAAACCUCGAUGACUAUCUUCGAUUGGAUCAAGAUGGAAGAUAUUUACCAAAAUAUUUUCUUGUUAAAGUGUUCGAGAAGCGUGGAGGACGAAUUUCCACAACCCAGGGCAGAAAAGAAGAAACCUCUGGCUAAAUAUUUAAUGGGAGGAGCUUUAUUGACUUUAAUCAUUGGAAUAAUAUGGUUCCCCCUCGUGUUCUUCUCCUUAGGGAACGCAGUGGGUAAUCCUAAUCCUCCGUUAGACGUUACUUUAGAAAUUAGAGUGGGACCGUAUGAGGCGCUUUACAAGAUGACUGCUCAGUCAAAUUCUAUCGUUACGUUCACUGAAGAAGAAAUGGAAGACCUCAAGUCGCUCUACAACGCUUAUCAAGUUUCAGAGAAUUUUAUGUUUAAUUAUGAAGCUUCAGACGUUACUGCCAUAAAACUGAGUACCGAUUCUGCGAAUAUUUGGAGCAUAUCUCCUCCGGAUCGAAAUCGGAUGAUAGAAGAAAUUAGGGAUGUAAAACCUUUAAAGGUGAGACUGGAAUACAAAAUAACGCACAAAACCAGCAAGGCCGAAGAUUCUGGUAUAAUUAUAAAGGGAGUCGAAAUUAUAAUGCCGCCGAGUACGAAUACUUCGAAAAACGUUGACAGAGAAAAUCUGUUGAAAAUGUUGACGCACGAAGGCGUAGUGGAUCCGGUUCAUUUUCGAUACAUUAUGCCGAAGUUUAUUAAAGUUACGAGCGGUGGAACGGCUGAACCAGUUGAUGUAUUGAUGUUGGAAAAACCAGAUCCUGAAGCCAAAGUUUACAGAAAUAUGAGCAUAAAACUGCUAACCGCUAACCAGGGUGGUUACAAACAGGAAUGGUGGAAAGUCAACGAAGAGUGCGGCGAUUACAAUUACGAACAUUUCCUCGACAAGAUCGUUCAUCACAACUGCGCGGACUACAUCAUUUUGUACUGUUUCAACGACAAGGUGUUCCCGCCAACGCUGAGCUUCAUCACGGCAGGAGGGAUAUUAGCAAUGUACGGCAUAUAUUUCUUACUGAUAUACGACAUGCUGCACGGAAACAUGUUCGAACAAAUGGAGGGCAUUUGGUUAGACGACAUGCCGAACGUGGAUAAAAUCUAUCACAUCUGUUUGGAAGUCUACCUCGUGCGCGACAUGAAAUGUUGGGAAAUGGAAGAACUUCUUUUCGCCAAGUUAGUUUUCAUCUUCAGAUCCAGAGAACUUUGCAUAAAAUUGACUAGAGACGAAGGGGAUCCGUACAAUCCCACGUUUAUUUAUCCUGGUAGAAAUAGGGAGAUUACUGAGGAACCUGCUAAUACAGACGUUCCUGCUCUAGAUGCAGGACCUGCUGAUGAGACAGGUCCUGCCGAUGAACCGGGACCUGCCGAUGAGCCUCGACCUUCUGAUGAUGCAGGAAGUGCUGAUAAUCCUGGCCAUGACUGAUCACUCAGUUUUUAUUUUUAGGUAAAAUAGAGUAGAACAAAAAUUGGAAAUAAUGACAAUAGUGUUGAGGAGGAAGUUAUUUUUAGUAAAUUUAUAGCCUAAUUGUUUCAAAUAGUUGAACGUACUUUUAUAUUUUGGCCAAAGAAGUAAUUCUUUCCCACAAUGGUCAUUAUUCCACAUUUUUGCAAUACUUCCUAUCUUUAAUACCAAAUAUUUUUAUUAGUGAUUAUUCAAUUUUAUUUAAACUAUAGGUAUUUAUUAUUAAAAUGUAUAAAAUACGAUAAUUAAAUG